AUGCAGUUAACACUCAUAGCCAAUAGAUUGCAAAGGAUACAAGCAUGUAUUCUGGAUGCACUGAUUGAUACCCACCAUGGAAAAAUCAACCCAUUAUUAUUAACGCCAGCACAAGUCGAAACCGAGAUUACGCAGAUUAACAGUCACUUGCCUCAAUCAUUGGAAUUAUCUGCAUCAGAGGACGCUCUCAUGGAACUCUAUAAAUUAAUGAAGAUCAAGGGUGGGCUCACUCGCAGCCACGUGUUAUUCAACAUAACGUUCUCAUUAAUCAAUCAUGAUAAAUUCAAAAUUUAUAAAUUAACGCCUGUUCCCAACUACGUAAACAACACCAUGGAAGCCAUACAGCUUUCUAGCCCUCUGCUGGCUAUAAACGUCAAUAGAAGGCGCUAUUUUUUGGUUUCACCCUCUCAACUCAAUUCAUGCGACAUCUUAACACAAGAUGCUUUCAUAUGCCGUAAUAUACUCCAGCAUAACUUCAACGCUGAAAAAUGUAAAUGUGAAAUCAACCUAUUCAACAAGCUCACUUUGCCAAAUUGCCCGCUAAAAGGGCUCACAACAUAUGUAACGUGGAUGACUUUAGCACACAACAACCAAUGGAUCUAUGCAUCGUCAUCAAUCACGCAAGCAACUGCUGUAUGUGACAGAGAUAUAAUCCUUCUCAAUUUAAAGAGUUCUAGUUUAUUAACUAUUCAACCAGAAUGCAUUCUCCAACACGACUCCGUCCACAUUUCAGGCCAUAAAUCGAUAACGACAACAUUAAUGUCAGCAUAUACAAGCCUUGGAGAAUUGUCAGAACUAUCACAACAAGACUUCAUCAAUGGCAGCUCCACCGUAAUCUUCAAUCAUUCAGCGCUAUCCAACCAGUAUGCUACUCAGCUAACUGAGCUAGCAACAAUUCAACACAAGCUGGAGGUUAUACAAGCAACCAAAAUUCAACAUCGUGAUAGUUCGAAUCGUCAUUCUAAGAUAGCAUACUCAGCAUUGGUCAUCAGCGCAGCCGCAAUCAUUAUCAUAUCUUGCAGUAUGGUGUUCCUUAAAAAGGCGGCAUUUGCACACAUUACUGCUGCAUCAAACCGUGACAUCCCACAACAUGCGGCAACUCCAAAUCCAGCUCCCCAAAUUUUUUAG